AUGGAUCUGGCACCAAAUGCAGUGGAUGACACAUACUCUGAAUGCCGUGACAAGAUGUUGGCCAAAGUUUUGGGUGAAGAUGGAAUUCUUCAAAAUGAGUUAAGCAACAUCGACAACACCAUGUUUAAGAAUGCCUGGAACACUACAGCCUGCGGAGACCAGGUCCCUGGAGGCAUUCCAGAGCACGUCAAAGCUUUUCAGGUUUUUGGCAACAAUCACAAAUUAGCCAAAGUAUUUAAUGCUGCUGUCAAGGACAAAGGCGGGGUCUACACUGACCAGUUCCAGUUCAAGUCUCUUCAUUUCCUGCUGAUGGAUGCCAUGCGCCUCCUCAAUAAUGGCUCCAAGUGUCAGACUGUAUACGCUGGGUCAUUCGAUACCUACAUUGCUCAGAAGGACGAUACGGUCCGUUUUGGAAGGUUUAUCUCAGCCUACACCAGCAGAAGCGAAGCAGAGGAGGGUUGUGCAGAUGAUGGUGGAACCCUGAUUGAGAUCCGGACCUGUUCUGUAGUGGAUGUACAGAAUCAUGCCUGUUCUACAGAAAAUGCAGUGAUGCUGAUAUCACCAGUGGAGUCGUUUACUGUACAGGAGGUGGGCAAGGGUAGGGAGUGUGAUAACGAGAUAAAGCUGUCCUCCGCAGGAAUCCAUCCCAACCACGACUGCUACCUAUUCCCCAAGAUGCCUACAACUACGUCUGCUCCAGCCACAACUACAACCUCUAAGCCAACAUCUCGCAGCACUGCCUCUACAACGGCUGCCUCUGCCACGGGGGCCGCUGCCCGGUGGGUGGAGCCCCACUGGCUUCUUCUGCUGACCACAGUUUCUCACUUCUGCUUCCUUUUAUCACAGUGA